AAAAAACCCAGUCAAAUUUGUAUCUAAAAUUUUGGGGAAAAAAUUUACAGAUACACUCAGCGAUGUGAAAUCUCUGUCAUAGGUUUUAGUUGUAUAUCAUUAGGAAAAGGAAAACAUGCCUUGAAAGAAUUUGAAUGAAUCCUGACUGCUAUGGGCUCAACAUGGCUGAUCGGCACCAGAGAGAAGACAUCAGCUUGUGGGCGGGAGUGCAGAGCCCAGCUGUGGGGGAUAUGUCUGCUCAAGGAAUGUCAGCAGAUUUGUUCAAGUGGAAGCAUGCCAACCCCCACGUCUCUGGUGACUAUGGAGGACUAAAUGCCGAGCAUCCUGUGAAUAGCCACAAUGACCAUGCAUCAGGCCUUCGUCAUAUUAGUACGGGAAGUUCUGGCAGUUACCGUAGCAGCACAGGAAGUGUGAGUGGACCAUCGACACCAACGAACAAUACGCCACUGGUGAUCCCCCACCCGGUCAAACCAACCAACAAAGCGGGGAAGUCGUACCACUGUAAAACGUGUGAUCAGAUUUUUACAACAAAAUCGGACAUGUUGAUUCACAGUCAACAAAUACACAAACAAGAUCCAAAGCCCUAUCGCUGCCCAACAUGCCAAAGAUGUUUUGCAAAUUCCUCGUAUCUCUCUCAGCACAAUCGGAUACAUGCAGGAAUUCGUCCAUAUAAAUGUGAAAUCUGUGAACGAAAAUUCACCCAGUUGUCACAUCUCCAACAGCACAUCCGAACGCAUACAGGGGAAAAACCUUACAAAUGUAUGCAUCCGGGGUGCGGCAAGGCUUUCUCUCAAUUAUCCAAUCUUCAGUCACAUUCAAGAUCCCAUAUGACUGACAAACCUUUUAGGUGUAACUCAUGUUAUAAAUGCUAUGCUGAUGAACAGAGUUUACGGGAGCAUAUCCCAAAACAUUCUGAUACGAAGCAUUUAAAAACGCACAUUUGUCGCAUCUGUGGCAAGUCCUACACCCAGGAGACGUACCUAGCAAGACACAUGUCCAAACACUCGCAGGACAAUUUGAAUAUAAACAAAAUUGUAUCCAGUCGACCAAUCAAACAAGAGCCACAUGAUCAUUCCAAUGGGGCCACGGAUUACAGCCGGCUUCCCGAGCGUUCCACAGAUGGUGCAACGACUCCGUGUGGAAAAGUAUCUUCUGCGUUUAUGCCUAUUCCGCAGUUUGGAGGUAAUGUACCCAGCUCCACUAAUUCUGGUUACCCAUUCAGUACAUCUCUUCCAAAUAAUUCUCCCCUGAGCCCAUCGCUCCCACAUAUAUCAUCUAUGGCAUCACGGAGCUACUUUCCCUAUGACCCCAUAAACUUCAGAAAAAACGAUGUACCCGAGCGCUCACUGAAUGCUUCAAUGAGUAGGGAUAACCAGUUUCUUGCUAACAGUUUACUAAGUCUACAGCAAAUUAAGAACUAUGCCACUCAUCAGAUGCCAAGCUUUGCUCCUACUUGUUCCAGUGGGGGAGCCAGACUAGCAUAAGUUUGCUGAGGUAGAGUUGGUGGUAUGUGUAAUAAAACUUUAGAAUCCAUUCUUACUAUUGUAUUAGUGUAUCUUGUAUGUUUCUUAGUGUCAAAUUCUCUUUGUAGAAUCUUGUGCUGUCUCUCUCCAUUUUUUAGUACAUUAUAAGUCCCAUUUCUGAAAUUAAAGUUUAAAAUUGGAAAUUGGAACAAUUUUGUACUGAAUAACCUUUAAAUUAUUUACUAAAUGUGUAUAUAUUUUAGCAGACUAGAAUUCAAAAUUCUGCCCAGUUUAAGGUCAAUCACUCUACUUUUCAUUCCAGAUAAAAUUAGUGCUAAAAUAUUAUGUAUAAUUAAGGUAUAUUGAGAUACCAUAUAAGUGGAAACUUAAACAUGAUGCAAAUUUAUUGAUUGUUUUCCUUAAAAACUGGUGUUUUAUUUUUAGCAAGAGGUAAUUCUAGCAAUUUUAAAAUGCUAGAAGGUAUUACAAAAAAAAAUAAUUUUUAGUGAAGUUCAAUUUUAGUGAUAUCAGCACCCUCACUAAUAUUGCCAAAAUUAAAUCCUCUCCAAAAAUUCUGCUUAUACACUAUUUUCUCAGAUGUAAAAUAAAACUUUUGUAACCCCCCCCCCCCAAGAUUUCUGCUAAGAAAGUCAUGUAAAUCACAUAAUCUGAGAAACCAUAACUUUGUAUUUAUUCACCAGAUUCAAUAUUUGCUUAAUUCUAUACAGAAAAUUAUACAACCACACACAAUUCUUCACAAGAACUUUAUUAUUGAGACAAUCUUAUUAAUAUUAACAUUGAAAAAUAAAGUUCUUAAAAAAUAAGAUGUGAACUUAGAUAUAUAUAGUUUAUUAUAGGUCAUCUCUUCUUCCAGAAAAAUCCUAUCAUGUAUUUUCAUUCUGGAUUUAAAUAAUAAUUGGGACAUAAUACAUGUAUUUGAAUAUAUUGACAUAUUGGACAUAUUUAUUGUAUUGUAGAUAUUGUUUUUGUACAUAAAAUUGUUAUUAUGAUUAAAUAUAUAUAUAAUUAUGAGAUGUAUAUGUAAAAAAAGAGAGACUGUUAUAAAUGUAUCUUUGUGUAUGACGAUGGGGAAAGUUAACCCGAAAUGGGGCCGAUAUUCAAAGUAUAUCAAAGGUGCUAAUAUAUAAUGAUAACAUUGCAAUGUUCUGUUUUGCACACAUAUCAUUGGACAGUGGGCAGAGUUCCCAAGCUCUCUAACAAUUAGUGAUGCAUUUGUUUCUAUUUUUUGUUUAUCAUAUAGGUAAGGUUGAGCUUUAUGUAUAUGUUGGCUCUACAUGUAUAUGUUAUAAGUUUGUCAAGCUCUGUCCACUCAAAAGAUUUACUAAUGCAAUUUAUAUUUCAAAAAUCAGAUUUUACCUUUUAUUUUUGUUCUUUGUCAGUUAUACUGAUGCCCCUUUUUUCACGCAUUAUAUAUGUUCUUAAAAAGAGAUUGGCAAAUGCAGAUUAUUGGCGUAAGAUUUUUAUGGCUUUGUCUCAAAGACAACAUGAAAGUAUUAUAAAUACUUUGCUUUUACAUUCAGCCACUAUUACCAGUGAUCUCAGAAUAUUAAGUGAACUAAUUAAUAUCAGAAAGUGCUUUUAAUUAUUUAUGUAUAGUUCUUCAGAAUCAAGUUUUAUGCACAACAUUGGUUUUAUAGGCAUUGGAAUUGACAUUUAGCUUGAUCUAAUGUCAUCUUUUGAAUGCUAAUUUGGAAAUUUUAAACAUAUUUUUUAUUUAUAUUAAAUUGAUUUUGGGAGGUGUAAAUUUAAACAUUAGAUAAUGAUACUUCCUUUUUAUUGUUCAAAGUGCAUUUAUGUAAUUGUUUCUAGUCUUAAAAUGUCAGUACUUAAUCUGCUAAAUACAACAUAUAUUGUAUAGAAAUAUAGUGCAAUGUUCAGUAAUUGUAGAAUCUUUUAUUUUUAUUUUUUCACUUUUAACAAAAAAAACAUUGUAACAGUGACAGACGUCUUUAUGCAAUCAAGACAGUAUUUUGUAGAUGAAUUCAGCACAGAUUAAGUUUGAGCUUUGAUCACAAUUGUGAAUAGCAGAACUUAUUAUAAAUUGGCUCAACUUUGUAUAGAAUAUAUUACUUAUUGCUCAAUGUGUGAAUAUACGUAGACAAUUUUUUUUGUAUGUUCUAGUGACACUGACGUAAACGUCAUUAUGUCAACAUCAAUGAGACACUGUCAUUUAUAUCUGAUGUUUUGAUUCACUGCUAGGACAAUGGUCAAAGAUCUGAAUUUCAUGAGUCAUGUUUAAAAAUGAAUUACAUAGUGGGGAAAAGAUUUUUGGCAGCAUACUUUUGUUUUCCUGGUCCAUUUUUUAGGUGCCAAAUUUUCUUAGAAACGGUACUGGUAUGUAACAUUUCUACAUGCUUGAUUUUUCUAAGAAAUCUCGAAGCAAAAAAUCUCAACGUAAUUAUAAAUUCAGAAAUUUUCUAGGUCAAGCAAAAUCUGUAUUUUUUCCCUCUGUGAACAAUAGUAGCUAGUCUAUAGGGCAGUUUUCAUAAAAUUCAUCACCCCUAAUUUACUGUUUAUAAUGUAAAUAAUUUAUCAUGGUUUAUUUUUCUUAGGCAGCAUAGCUGGAUCAUUUUAUUUGAUAGGGGGAGGAUUCAUACAGUAUAGCUUCACUUUGUUCACUUACAUCUCUAUUUUUCACCACAUAGUCCCAAUGAUAAUUGGUUUAUGAAUCAUUUUUUGUUAAAACAAAAGAAGCAUUUACUAAGCUUUCAUUACAUUUUUGCCAGUUAUAGGCAUUAAAAUGACAAUGUGUACGUGAUCUCUGUGUUGUUAUCACAGAGUGUUCGAUGUAUUUUCUUGUUGAAGUGUAAUGUAUCUGAAUAAUUUCAUCUGCAUUGUACUUGAAUGAAUUUACUUGAGGAUAGCAUACCAAAGACAUUUGAGUGUGUAAAACAGAAAGUUCUCGUAUGCAGGGUAAUAAUGAUCUGUUUUCAUUAUGUAUGACAACUUAACUCACAUUUUAUUGUAUGUCACGUGGCAUUUAUUCUGUGUUGUGAUUGGUGGAAAAUGUUCCAGUUAUACUUUAAAAGUCUCCUACAAUGUUUGUCCUUGGGCCGUUGUUAUGGAGAUGUGUCAUGUGGUUCGGACCCAUUUCUCCCCAGACCUAUAUAUAUAUUAUGUCUGUCAAAGCUCAUGCUUGUAAAAUCUUCAUUGUAAAUCACUUCUGUAUUUUUUCCUUGCACUCCACCCCACGCUCUGAAUAGUUUGUUUUUUUUUCAUCAACUCUAGGGAACGAAGUCAAUUCCAUUGGUUUAUAUUUCUGCAUUCAUUAGGGGAAUUGAUGAAUAUUUUAUAUUACAAUUAAAUUUAUAUUGCAUAACAUUUUGAAGUAUGGAAUAGGAAUGUUCUGUGGUCAAUGAAGCACAUCGUGCGACAUUAUAAUGUAAUAAAAUCUAAUCGAUGUGAUACGUCUGCUUUCAUGAUUCUUAAUGGCUGAAAUUUAAUUCAUGUGUGGCCCAUUACUGUAAGGUUUAAUUUUGAUUUAGUCAGAAUUCGAAAUUUAUUUAAAUUGUCUGGCUCAGACAUUUUACCUUUUUUGUCCAAAAAGUAGGUUUCCAAUCGGUCCCCAUUCAAAAGAAAAUGCAUGUCAUUCAGUCGAACUGCGGGGGUAGUUGACUUGAUGAGGAAUCAUUUCAUGAACUUUCAGAAGCAGCUAAUUAACGAUAUAGUGUUAAAGAAUUUAAAUGAAGAAUACUAUGCAGGGCAUUACAAUCCUUUCAUAAAUCACAUAAUAGUAAUUAAAUUUCAAUAGAAUUUUGUUAAAAUCGAUGUCUACUUGGUUUACUUUGAAAAAGACUUUUAGUACAUCUCUUGGAAAGGAUGUAAUUGCUUCACGGGGGUAAAAUAAAAAAAAAUCUUGAUUUUUUUCGAUUGGGGAGGGGGGUAUGAAAAUAAUUCCGAGGAUUAAUUUUUAAAGGGAAGGGAUUAAUUGGACCACAUUUUCUAUGUUACAAACCUCAGUUUUGGGGGACAGGUUUAGAGAGAUAAAAGUAAUUUUUUUCAAAUUUCCAAAUGACAAUUCACAACAAAAAGUUUAUUACUGCGACUUGUCAUUUAAGAUCCAGACCAAGGACUUGAAGCUGAUUUGUAACAUUACCGCCGAGAGUUCGGGAUAUAUUAAGCUUUAUUCUUAUCGAUGUUUCAUUGUGAAAAGCAAGGGAAAUGUUACACAAUGAUGAUUUGUACAUCAGUUUUCAACUUAAAACUUGCACUCUGUAUUUUUAUCUGUAAUUCUUCGAUUUUCUACUUUUGAUAUUUAGUCUUUUUCUCUUGUCCAUUUGUGAGGAAUCUCAUUUUGAACGACACGCUUUAAUGACACAGUCAAAAGCCAUGCCUCGUCAUCUGUCCCAGCAGCUGUGCUUAACCAAGUUAAGACUUCAUUCUCAUUGUUGACAUGCAAGUUGCUAAAGCAACUCUAAAAAGUACUGUGAUUGGACAACAUCGUGUCACGUGUCACUUGGUGGUCAGUUGUGUUUAGUGCUAUAUUGUAUCAUUGCUUUUGUUAUAAAAUAAAUUGUAGAAAACAUU